AUGGAGCGCAUGCCGGUCGAAGUGCUACAACUCAUCCUAUCUUGUCUCGACACUCCCGACCUUGCUCGUGUCGCAAAAUCUUGCCGCGCGCUCUCUCACCAGGCCGAGCCGCUUCUCUAUCAGAAUCUGGAUAUCCGCCUCCAUUCUGGCAACCCCGCUCUGGCGACGGAUAAGCACCUGUGUGUGCUGUUAAAAGAACCUCAACUACGAGAACUGAUACGCCAUGUUGCUGUUGAAAAUGAAGAGUCCACAUUAUGGACUGCUGGCCACACCCAUCUGCUCAAGAUCAUUCUAUCUACCUGCAUUGAUCGUCCUACGCAGAUACGAUCUUUCUCCUGGAAACCGACCAGGAUUCUUACCGACGCCUACUUCCCAAACCUCGCGCAUCUAGACUGCGCCAACGUGCGCAGCCAAAGCGAGGUUGGCUGGAUCCAGUGGCAUGUUGCUCACUGUCUGCACCUAAAAUCGCUGUCUGUUGGCUCAGCCCAACUGCUCUCUCCGUCCUUUAGCAGCUCCCUCUUCUCCGCUCUGACCGCCCCGCUUCGUCUCCAUACGCUUUCUCUGCGCGCUGUGGAUCUCUCGUACAUCAAUCCCGCAGUCGUUAUCAGCCCGUCCAUUCGCUCUCUUCAUCUGCAAUACUGCGCUGGGAUGGAUGCGUUCUUCUUCGAGGUUGCCAAGCUUGGACUGACCCCCAAGCUGCGGUCUUUUCGUGCUCUGGGCAUCAUGAGUAUGGCCUUGCUACAAGAUUUUCUGUUCACGCUUGCAGACACCAGCCACUUGGAAGAGCUGAGCCUUUGUCUUGGCGCGGCCAUGCACCCGAUAUGCCUCCACUGCAUAGAACCCCAUGCCCCCGCGCUGAGACUGCUCAUCCUGGAUUUUCGCGCCGCCCUGCAGGAUGUAGAUUCUGCCAUACAGUACUCUGCAGAUCAGUUUGAGGAUAUCUUGGCUCGAUUCCCUCGGCUUACGUCUCUCGGGCUUCCGUUGCAGCUGAAGGACCCGUCCUACGAUCGUUACAGGAGAGCCGAGUUCAAGAUCUGCACACAAAAGCGCUGA